AAUAUUAGUGAUAUUAUUGUAUUUGAAUUGUGAAAAUCAAGAUGGAGGUGUCGGACUUGAACGAUAUUCUAAACGUUAGAGCUAUUAAGAUGGAAACUGGUGAAAAUGCCUUCGAUGAGGGAACAGACGGUGUUGAAAUGUCGGACGCUCUAUCUAUUAUACCUCAAUACGUUACAGAAUCUGAUUUAGGUCUUAUGCAAUCCAACUCCGAGAUCCUCCAAACACCGUUGGCCGUCUUUGACACAGCUGAUGAUGAGGACACUAUGCAGAGCAAUGACUCAGGAGAGGAAGUGAUAGUCCAACUAAUGGACAUUCGCACGAGGCUAUCAAAGCUGCGCACAAUGUUGGAACGAAGACUUGGCGUAGACCUCUCCGAUUAUACAUUCUGGCUUCAAGAUGCUAAAUUGUUGGAGAGCCACAAAACGCUUGUGGAACAAUGCAUCCGUGGCUCCGGAGUAGUGCAAGUGAACAUAGCGCUACGACCUGCUGAGAAAAAGAUCAAUAUCCUAGACGUUCUUAAGCCAGACACAGAAUUGGCCAACACUUUAUAUCCUAACUAUUUAGAGCUAGAAGACACCACGACAACUGAGCCAGGGGAACUUGUCGAGACAUGUCUGGAAGGAGAAAUGCGGCCGCACGCUGCGGCCGUCAAGUGGGUGGUCGACGCGCAGUUCAAACUGGACCACGCCAGAGCCAGGAUACCCGAUGACCCGGCGCAGUGGUCCGUACAACAUGUCAAAUUAUGGAUCCAGUGGGCAGUCCGUCAGUUCAAUUUGACAGGUGUCAAACUCUCGGACUGGAACAUGAACGGCUCAGAGCUAUGUGCCAUCAACAACGUCGAUUUUAAAGAUAAAGUGCCAUCUGACCCAGGGGACCUGUUCUGGACACAUUUUGAAUUGUUACGAAAAUGCAAGUUUAUUGCUGUGGUACAACACGAAGAGGCGACGGCGGCUACGACAUCAAAAGAUAUUCUUGAUUUACCUCACGCCGCCAUUAGAAAGAAACCUAAACAGGCUAUAAUAAGCCAAAGCCUGGACGAAGACCUGACUGCCCUUGUGUCUUCACGGAGCGGCAACAAUGGACAGAUUCAAUUAUGGCAAUUUCUACUAGAGCUGCUUACUAGUGCUGAGUACUACGAUGCCAUUAGGUGGCAUGGGACAGAAGGCGAAUUCAAGCUGCUGGAGCCAGAGAGAGUGGCCCGCCUGUGGGGCGCGAGGAAACACAAGCCGGCCAUGAACUAUGAGAAGCUGUCCAGGGCGCUGAGGUACUAUUACGACGGGGACAUGAUCGCCAAAGUCUCAGGAAAGAGAUUCGUGUACAAGUUUGUAUGUGACCUUCGACAACUGCUGGGGUACAGUCCAGCCGAGCUCGCGGAGUUAGUCAAAGAAGUACAUUUAGCCACUAAAAAAAAUUAAUAAAUAUUAUAGAUAUAUGACACUAUCAAGCAGGUGGACCGUAUAAUCUGUUCGGUAGUUUAUAUAGCGGAUUAUAACAAUAACUGUCCAGUGGGUCAUGCAUACAUUGUGCCUUCACAUACAUAAUGUUCCAAUUUGCAUUUUUUUAAAGUGGCAGUUUGUCUAUACAUGUUAAGUUAAUCUAUGGCUGUGUGCACUAAACUUAUGCAACCCACUGCUGGGCAGAGUCUUGAAAUGUAUUCAAAGGAAGUAUGAUCCUGUUUUGAUGACAUUCAAGUGAUACUAGAUUUUAAAUAGCAGUAGAGCUCUUUGUGAAACAGUUCGUCCAAGGAAGUACUGCCACGUUACCCAUUUCUGCCGCCAAGCAGUAAUGUCAGUAUUACUGUGUUCCGCGUUU